CUAAAAUGUUAUAACACCUAUGGGCAAGGUGUUUCUAAAUUGGUAAGUCGGAAAACGACGUCGUUUACAAAAUCCGAUCUGCACACACACUCACAUUCAUAUGUCGUUCUUCGUCAACGUCGGUGAAGAAAGCAUAAACACGUCAAAAGACAAAAGCACCUCUGUCUUCUUGCUUUCUUCGCCCUUUUACUUCAACCCACGAAGAUCAAUUCAACUAAACCAAUCUCAAAACCAUCAUGAGGACAAGUUUUAGACUUCUCUUCUUCGCUUUCCUUCUACUUGUCUCACCUUUUCUCAAAGUUGCUUUGUGCCAAUCGGAUUCGGAAGAUUCUGGCUUCGAAGUUUCUGAUGUUGGUGAAGAAGAGAGUGAUGCAGAGGAAGUUUUUGGUUUGGAACUUACCUCAGCUCCUGGAAUUGAAACCCUUUGCGUUUUCCCCAAGAACAGUGCAAAAAUAAUAAAAGCUGGAGUUGAGACUGAGCUGCUUGUUGGAAUGAAAAAUGAUGGUCAAUCCAAUGUAGAUAUUGUUGCUGUUAAAGGCAGUUUACAUCUUCCUUUUGAUCAAAAUGCUGUUCAGAAUCUCACUGCUCUGAGUUUCAGCAACGCGUCUGUGCCAACUUCCGCUCAAGCUACCUUGCCAUAUGCUUUUGCUGUCAGCAAGUUCCUGCAGGCGGGUGCUUUUGAUUUUGUUGGCACCAUCAUCUAUGAGAUAGAUGGUAAGCCAUACCAAAGCAUCUUUUAUAAUGGAACUAUUGAAGUUGUUGAAGAUGGUCCUCUCUUCAGAAUGGAGUCAGUCUUCCUUAGUGGUCUUUUAAUCUUUGUUAUCGCUUUUCUCGCCAUCUAUAUCCAAAAUGUUUUGAAGCAUAUGACCAAGAAAACAAAGAGAGCACCAAAAGUUGAAGUUGGAACCGCAACUAAAGAUGCUUCGCAUGAUGAAUGGCUUGAGGGUACUUCGUACACUCAAUCUUCGAGUAAGUCAAAGAAGAAGAAGUAGAUCUCACACGCUUUGUUAGGGGGCUUGAGAUAAGAAACCGAAAACACACGAACGAUAGUAACGUUGCAGUUGUUGGUAGAGAUAACUUCACAGAAUCUGUAAUGCUUUCUUUACUCUCUCUAGCUAUAGAUGUUGCAAGGAAACAAUUUUCUUUAACUUUUGUAAUUUGUCAAGAUUAUUUUCUUUUGUUUAAAAUGAUAAUUCUCUUUCGAAAGUUCAUGUAUAUAGUAAAGAAAAGUUGAAUAAUCAUUAGAUUAACAAUAUAGGUUGAAAUUUUGUAUUUGGAAAUUAUAUCGUAU